AUAUAUCCGAGAAGAAGAAGAGAAGAUUUGUGAGCGUUCCACUAGAAAGAAAGAAAGAAAAUGGGAAGACCACCAUGCUGUGACAAGAUUGGAGUGAAGAAAGGUCCGUGGACUCCAGAAGAAGACAUCAUCCUGGUCUCUUACAUUCAGGAUCAUGGACCUGGGAAUUGGAGAUCUGUUCCCACCAAUACAGGUUUGCUUAGAUGCAGCAAGAGCUGCAGGCUUAGAUGGACUAAUUACCUCAGGCCUGGCAUCAAGCGUGGCAACUUCACUGAUCAUGAGGAAAAGAUGAUCGUCCAUCUUCAGGCCCUUCUUGGUAACAGGUGGGCAGCUAUAGCUUCUUAUCUUCCACAGAGGACUGACAAUGACAUCAAGAACUACUGGAACACCCACUUGAAGAAGAAGCUCAAGAAGCUCCAACCAGGCCUGGACGGCCAUGGCCAUGAAGAGUUCAGAUCCAGCUCCCACUCCAUCUCAAAGGGUCAGUGGGAGAGGAGGCUACAGACAGACAUCCAAAUGGCCAAACAAGCUCUCUGCGAGGCUUUGUCUCUGGACAAAUCAUCAACAAGCCCUUUGGCCGACUCAAAACCAUCUGAUCAUGAUGGCCACAACAUUGAUUCUGGUAACGGUACUAGACCAUCAUACCCGUCAACGGCAUCAUCCUGCACUUAUGCAUCAAAUACAGAGAACAUAGCAAGAUUGCUUGAAGGGUGGAUGAAGAACUCCGCCAAAUCAGCCCAAGCCACAAAAUCAUCCCCAGGGCCUAAUCACAACGCUGCUCAAGAUUAUUCCUUCAACAGUUUCAUUCCAACUAGCGGUUCAAGCUCAAGUGAAGGUGCAACAACGCCGGAUCACCAUCAGGGCCCCGAGUACUCGCUGCUCAGCUUCAAUUCUUCGGUCUCUGACGGCUCUCAAUCGGUGGCAUCGGUGCCUGAUGAGAAACCGAACUUGACGCCAGACCAAGGGUGUGUCUUCCAGGAGGAAAACAAGCCAGUUUUGGACCAGAUCCACCACCAGCAAGUGCCUCUCACAUUGCUGGAGAAAUGGCUCUUUGAUGAUGGAGCAAUAGUAGCUCCUCAGGACCAAGAGGAUCAGCUCAAUAGCAUGUCAUUAGACGAGGAUACUGCUUUGUUUUGAGUUGAAGUUUUGGACAAACGAAACAAGGGGAAAUUGUCAGAUGUUUUUAUUUUCUUUCUUCUAUGUUUCUUCUCUUUUUCAAGGAUUUAGGAAAUGGAGUUGCGUAGGAGUUGCUAUAUCUUCCUAUAAGCCUAAGCCAAGAAUUAUAACUGACUACCCUGGCCUUAUGGAAGAUCACAGAAAAGUGUAAAUUAAGCAAAUCUAUAUGUGGAUAUGCUAUAUGUACUCAAAACUACCAUAAAUAAAUCUUUGUGUCGCCACUUUUGUAA